AAUGACAGGGUGGCCACCCAGUUAGCUGUGAGCAUUCGUGUACAAGGAGACAAACGUCUCAGCAGCCUGCGCCGCUGCUGUGCCCUUACCCGCUAUGAUGCUCACAAGAUGAGCCAUGAUGCAUUUGCUGUCAUCAAGAACUGUAAUACUUCUGGAAUCCAAACUGAAUGGUCCCCUCCUCUCACAAUGGUUUUCCUCUGUGCUACCAAAUUCUCUGCCUCUGCCCCUUCAUCCUGCACAGAUAUCACCAGUUUCUUGAGCAGUGAUACAAGUUCUCUGCCAAAGGUGCCAGUUACCGUUUCAGAAGUUAAGAACCAGGGAAGUGGCCCAGCAGUGACAGCCACUAAGAAAACAUCCACCUUCCUGGAAUCAUUCUUCCAAAAAGCUGCAGAAAAGCAGAAAGUCAAAAAAGCUUCACUUUCUGCAAUCACUCAGGCUUCCAUGAGCUAUUCAUCAUCCAAGCCCUUGUUACCUUUCCAAACCAGUCGAACUACAGGAAUCGAGCCCUUCUUUAAGCAGAAAAGUCUGCUUUUAAAGCAGAAACAUUUGAAUAAUUCUUCAGUAUUUUUCCCUUCACAAGAUCCAUGGCCCAACUCUAAAGAAUUACCAAACUCUGUUCCAACAGAGUAUCCAGACUGUGCCCCUGUUUGUGAAGGGGUGUUGAAGCUAGAAUCCUCUAAAGGAAUUCCUGCAGAAAUGGAUUCAGCCCCAAACAGCCAUAGCAUCCUUGCUUCUUCAGCUUCUCAGUAUGAUCUGGAGGGGACUCAGAAGACAACUAUAGCCUCGAGUCUUCUAGCUGCUGAGGACCAAGUGCCCUGUGAGAAGUGUGGCUCCCUGGUACCAGUGUGGGAGAUGCCAGAACACAUGGACUAUCAUUUUGCAUUGGAGUUGCAGAAAUCAUUUUUGCAGCCCCACUCCUCAAACCCCCAGGUUGUCUCUACCACUUCUCCUCAGGGCAAAAGAAAUCCCAAGAGUCCUUUGGCCUCCAGUAAUAAACGCCCCAGGCCUGAGGGCAUGCACACAUUGGAAUCAUUUUUUAAGCCAUUAACACACUAGUGCUGCCCUCAGGCUUGCCUGAAGGAUUUUAG